GCUGGCGUUGGUCGUACUGGAACGUUUAUUUGUCUUGACCAACUGUGCCAUCAUUUGAAACUAGUCAUUGAGCGAAAUAGGCGGGCUGCAUCGAAGGACUGGCGAAAGAGUUGCCAUAAAGAACAAGACAAAACUGCGUUGGAGACGAAUUCAAGACGACAAGAUGGUGAUGGACCAAUCUAUGCCAACUUGAGAGUGGACGGCAGAGAAUGGACACCUGAGAGGCAAGAGAGCGUUGAUGAAUAUUUUGAAAAGGAAGAGGAAGGAGAAGAUGACGGUGACGACCAGGAAGAAGAGGUAGAAGAAGAAGACGAGGAAGCAAGUUUUGAAGAGGAAGAUUCCAAAAAUGGGCAGCAAUAUACUGCUAAAUAUACCUCAAGUAGGUCAAGUAGUUAA